AUGAGUGCUGAUCCUGAAGGUGUGAAAGAGCCAGUUUUGGAUUCCAAUGUACUGGAAGCCGCCCAAUCUGGUGAGACCAUUGCCCCCGAGUCUCAUGAAGUGGAAGGCUCUGCGGAAGAUGACGUUGUGCAAGAUACUCUGAAAGACGAGGUUGUGCAAGAGACCGCUCAAGCUGAUGCCCCAGCUGAAGAAUCCACAGAGACUAAACCAGAAGAUGCAGCCAAUGAAGAAGUGAAACAAGAGGUUCCUGAAACUACUCCAGUGCAAGAAGAGGCUGAAUCUGCUCUAAACACUGAGACUUCUAGCACCACUGAACCACAAGAAGAAGCCCAAGAGGGUCUGAUUGAGAAGGCUGAACCACUGAAUGAACCCGAGACUGCCAAUACUACUGAGGAUGCUCAAACUUCCGCUGAAAAUGUCAGUGAAGCUCCGAAGGAGUCGGAAGAGCCAACGGCAGAAGAAGCCGAAGUGGAUCACGAGUCUAAGAUCAAACAGUUCAUGCUGAAUGACGAAGAAGUCAAGCAAUUCUCAGAUGAGGAAAUCAGCAUUGACGGUUCCUCGAGUGAUUCGGAUUCUUCUUCCAGUUCAGACUCCUCUAGCUCCUCGGAUUCCAGUGAUUCUGAACUGGAGGGCGAGGAUGACAAUGUGGCCGUGGACGAGCUUGAUGAGGAAGAUGAAUCUCCCAGUGGACCAAUUCUCUCUAAGAAUGAGAUGGACGAGAAGGCAUUCAGUCUUCCUGAAGAUUAUAAGGUUCCGGAGAAUGCUCCACUUGAAUAUGUGGGUAACCUUACAAGUUUAUUUGAAUGCAAUGCUAUCGUCAAGGCUAAUAUAUCAGGUGAGUUCCGUGUUCUCAAGGAUCAAUCUGUUUUGUGUUUUGAAGAUAGACUGAUUUUGGGGCCUCUUUUUGAGACUUUUGGUAAGUUGCAAGCGCCACACUACAGAGUCAAGUUCAACACUGAAGAAGAAUUCCUUCAGAUGAAGCCCAAGAAGGGCGAGAAGGUCUUCUAUGUCGUUCCCGAGUCUCAAUUCAUCUAUACAGAUUCUAUUAAGAAACUCAAAGGUACAGAUGCAAGUAACUGUCACGACGAGGAGCUUCCAGAAGAUGAGCAAGAGUUCUCUGAUGACGAACAAGAACUUGCAGCCAAGCAAGAGCGCAAGAAGAAAAAGAAGAAGGCCAAGGACUCCAAGGAUGGACCUCAGUUGAAGAAGCAAAAUACAAAGCCUGAACUGACAAAGUUCACUUCUUAUGGUUUCGCUCCUAGCCAAACCACUUACGCUGGCCUUCCUAGAAUCCCUCACAGAAACAAUCAGCAAGACCGUUCCAGCCAGACUCCGCCAGUCCAGAAUCAGGCUCCAGCUCCGGUUCCGGUCCAGCAAAACCAAGCAUACCUGUCGCCUAACCCAUAUGGCGUGCCUUUGAACACCGUUCAACAGCAGUACCAGGGUGGAAUGCAACCAAACGUCUACCAGCAGAACCCAUAUCAGCCUCAACAAGGAAUGCCUCAACAGGUACCUCAGUACCAGCAGCCUCAAAAUCCUUAUGGUUAUGGACAGCCCUAUUGGCCUCAAGGAGGACAAAUGCCCCAGGCUAUGCCUCAAGCUGCUCCUCAAAUGUACCAACAACCUCAGAACCCAUACCAGCAGCCAAUGCAACAGCAGCCACCUCAGCAGUAUCCACAUGGCUACCAGCCCCAGCAUCCUCAGCCUCAGCAGCAACCUCCUCAACAAAACAAUGCAUUAUAUCAACUCCAAGCUCUUGUGGCUAAUCAGCUCAAUCAGCAAGAUCAAAACCAGCAUGCCCAGCAUCCGCCGCAGGGCCCCCCUCAAUAG